CUAAUUAUUCCUCACUACUGAGGCAAGAGCCUUCUCCGUCCUCUAACCAAUGUCCAGUGAACCAAGAGGUUUUCCAGUCUGGCUGGUGGGAACCCGCACUGCUUCCUGCCUUGUUACGGUGCGGGGCGUUACCUCGAAUCCUUUUGGGCGGUUCUUCGCCCAGACUUGGGUUGUUUACUGACAUGCGUGUGCUGAUUAGUUCUCUGCUAAUUUGGUGUGUGUGGGGGGGUCUCCUGCAGAUCCCCAAGUUCCUCCUCAAUGUCGCUUUCUCCUCACCAGCUGUGGCCUCUACCUGCCUUGGCUUCCCUGAAUCCUCAGUUUUAUCUCCUCGACUCAGGGAGUCCUUCUGGCCCUGCUUGGGUUCCCUUUCUCUGCACCGCAGCCUGGAGGUUCUCACAGAGGCAAGAUGGGGCAAUUGCAGGGCUCAGCCCAUCGGUUCUUCAUCUCUCAGGAGUCACUGAGCUUUGUUGCACAAUGUUUGGUGUCCCGAGAACUGUUGCAUCACGUAUUUUGUCCAUUUCUUUGUUGUUUCACGAAUGGGGGCAAGUCCAACUCCUGUCACUGCAUCUUGGUCAGAGCUUUAGAGUUUCUUAGUAGAGUUUCAGUUUGGAAUUACGAAAAAAUUCUGGAGAUCGUUAGUGGUGAUGGUUGCACAACAAUUAGAAUGUACUUGAUGCCACUGUUCACUUAAAAAUGGUUAAAAUGGUAAAUUUUAUGUUAUCUAUAUAUUACCACACACAAAAAAGACACCUUAAAAAAAAGGGCUACCUGAACAAAGGGAAGUCCUAGUACUGUUCUUUGAAGAUGACAACACAACCCCGCAUGUGGCUCCAGCCUCGGGUAUGCUCCUGCCUCAGGCCUAUGCAUGACCACCCCUGUGCCUGGGGACCCCUCCUCCAGAUACAUCAACCAUGAGUGGCCCACAGAUCACCCAACCCAAGGCUACAUCUUUCAGUGAGCUUUCCCAAUACCUGUUAGAGACACCCCACAGCUCCCCAUGGUGUGACCCCCACUCCCUGGGACAAGGAAUAAUCCCAGCUCACCCAACUACAGUGUGUCUGGUGGCCUUGGCAGGGCACUGACAUCUCUUUUACAGACGGACAAAUUCUGCCUGGGCUGGAUGCUGUCAGGAAGCAGGGGUAUCUAAAUGAGUGGUGCCUGUGAGGGGCAGGGCGGAGGGAGGCUCAGCUGUGCCGAGGCAGGGGCAGGCCUCACUGCUGUGGGCUGGGAGAGGGCACGCUGGUGGCACAGAGACCUGGUUUUGGCUUCUACCUGGACACAGUUAAGAUGUGGCCUUUGUCACAGUGCAGCUUUUCUGCCAGAUGUCUGUGUCCAGCAGGACAACCUUGCCGUGAGCCCAGGCCAACUCCCGUCGUCAGGGCUGCCCUUCUUCCUGGAGAGCAUGCUAAUAUCUACUCCAAGGAAAUAAUCUCUGUAAAGCGCUUAGCAUGAUGCUCUACAAAGACCAAUACUGAUGGUAUGUUGUCUAUUAUUUAUAUUAGGAAGACCACUCCGCAGAGCAGAGGGAGGGGUGGUGAGAUGCCUGGCCGCAUAGAGAGGAGGGAAGCAAGGCCUAGGCAGGGUGGGGUGGAUGGAGGGCGUAUCCCCUCACAGCAGGGAGAGGGUCAAGGAUGGCUCCAGGACCUCUGUAAUUUGAAACAGUCACAGACUAUCGCAGGCAAUCAGGUAGGAAGGGCUCUGAGAACCAGUGUGACCAUCACUAGGUUGGCGACAACCACAGGGCCACUGAUUCGGGGCUGUGGACCACCAGGAGAAGCAAGCCUUCCCUGGAACAUGGAAAGUGGUGAAAACUAUGCCCCCAAGUGGAGCUCAAGUCUGGGGAGGAAUGUGGGGGCAGGAGGGCCCCAGGCAGCAGUGCUUGCACCUGUUAAGUAUAAGGGCUCCCUUAUAGGACUGUGUCUAAAGAAAGGGUUCUGCUGCUAAAGACUCAGUUGGAAAACCUAUGUGAGGUUUGGGCUGAGCAAAAGGAGGUUCGGGCAGAUUUCACAAAGUUUACUGGGUAGGCCGGGCAGGUGGCCCACAAGGGAUGUGUGGCAUCGGGGCAAAAGGCCCCCCCGCGUCGGUGGGUGGCCGGGGAAGUAACACCGAGGAUCUGCCAGUGGGCCAGGAUGCAGGGGCACGCCACUUCUGAGACGCAGAAUGACAGGAAGGGCUGAUCAGGAUGCGGCGUGGGAGGCGGCGGUGAAGCCCGUGAGGGUGGGUGUGCAAGUCGGGGCUGUGUGGACCCCUCGCAGGGGUGGGCAUGGUAGGGGCUCCUGCCCACUUCAGCUCUCCCUGGCCUGCAGCCAUUGGACCCUCUCUUGGCACAGCUGGAUCCUUCCGGUCCUGCAGAUCUUCGCUGGAAUGUCCCUUCCGUGUCAUCCAAGCCACAGUAGCCACCGCCGCCGCCGCCAGUUGCUGUCCAUCCCCUGUGUUUUCAUUUCUUCCUCAUCGGUCGGUCCCCUCCUGGAAGGUCACUUCCAAGGAGUGAGCCCUGCCUGUCGUGGUCACAGCUGAGUCCUGGCUUGCGGUGGGGCGCGGAACAGUUAACGCUCACCUGCGGCUGCCCUUUGACUUCCGCCUCCCAGCGGAGCGCGUGGCCGGCCGGGACGUCUGGAUGGGGCCCUCCGCUGCGCCGUUGCCCCUUUAAACGCUGGACCCGGGCGCACGCGCAGUAGGGCGUUCGGGCGCGCAGGCGCAGUGGCGCGGUGGAUGUUUACGGCGGCGGAGGCCGGGGCUGCGUAGUGGGAGGCGGACUGGCGAGGGGCGCCAGAAGAGCUGCAGGUGCGGCCCAGCGGCCGAUUCCGCGGGCCCGCCGAGCCAGGAGAAGGUGACAGAGUCUGUUAAGGAAGUAUUGGCCGUUCAAGCCUUGGGGACUUAGCUUCAGGCAAGACCUGAAAGACGCCUUCCGUUGGGAAAGGAGAGCUCGCCGGGCUUUGCGGCAGCUUUCUGUAAGCGCGGUCCCGAAGAUGGGAGGCGCGGUGAGUGCUGGUGAAGACAACGACGAGCUGAUAGACCAUCUGAAGGCGGCGCAGUACAUCCGCUCCGAGCGGGUGGAGCAGGCCUUCCGAGCUGUUGACCGCGCUGACUAUUACCUCGAGGAGUUUAAGGAGAACGCGUACAAGGACUUGGCGUGGAGGCACGGGAACAUCCACCUCUCCGCUCCGUGCAUCUACUCGGAGGUGAUGGAGGCCCUGGACCUGCAGCCUGGCCUUUCCUUCCUGAACCUGGGCAGCGGCACCGGCUACCUCAGCUCCAUGGUGGGGCUCAUCCUCGGUCCUUUUGGUGUGAACCACGGGGUGGAACUCCAUUCAGAUGUGACAGAGUAUGCGAAGCAGAAGCUGGACUUUUUCAUCAGGACAAGUGACAGCUUCGACAAGUUUGACUUCUGCGAGCCCUCCUUCGUCACCGGCAAUUGCCUGGAGAUCUCUCCAGGCUGCUCUCAGUAUGACCGGGUGUACUGCGGGGCAGGCGUGCAGAAGCAGCACGAGGGGUACAUGAAGAGCCUCCUCAAAGUCGGGGGCGUCCUGGUCAUGCCGCUGGAAGAGAAGUUGACUAAGAUAACUCGGACGGGUCCUUCCGCCUGGGAAACCAAAAAGAUUCUGGCUGUGUCUUUUGCUCCACUCGUCCAGCCCUGCCAGUCGGAGUCAGGAGAAUCAAGACUUGUCCAGUUACCACCCCUGGCGGUUCGCAGCCUCCAGGACCUGGCGCGCAUUGCCAUCCGGGGCACCAUUAAGAAGGUCAUCCACCAGGAGGCUGUGAACAAAAACGGGGACGGACUGAAGAACACUCCCAGGUUUAAACGGAGGAGAGUUCGCCGCCGCCGAAUGGAAACGAUUGUCUUUUUGGACAAAGAGGUGUUUGCCAGUCGGAUCUCCAACCCCUCUGAUGACACCAGCUGCGGAGACCUGGAAGACGAGCGGCAAGAAGAAGAGGUGACAACCCCGCCGGACACCAAGCCCGAGCCCCCGGUGAACUUCCUGCGUGAGAAGGUCCUGAGUCUCCCUCUGCCAGAUCCCCUGAAGUACUACCUGCUUUAUUACAGAGAAAAGUAAGUCUGUGGUCCAGGGGAGGAGGCCAAGCCUUCCUGGAGGGCUGCCCGCAGCAGGUGCACUGGAGGAGGAAGGGGCUCCCGCUCUGCAUCUCGUCUUCUCGUCUGUCCUUGACUGUCCUGUAGAGUUUUCAUCCAGUCAUCUGGUUUCUGUAAACACAGUCUGACAAACAUAAGGUGCAAGGGGGAAUGUCUCAAAAGGGCAAGAGUCUCCUGGAGGAGGGGUUGACUUCACACUCUCAGGAAAUGCUGAGGUCUACACGUGGAGGUGGCCUGGAGACCGUUUCUUACACAAGGUACACGUGUCUGCAUCAGAAAGGAAAACUGAAGUUGAAAUUAACCUGUGUUUCUUAUAAAAGGUGAGACAAAAAGCACAAGUUGCUAAGUGUAUGAAAUCUUUUCUGAGUGGGACACGCCUAUGUGCAAGUUUGAAUUUUACGGUAUCAACCUCUAAUUACUGGCACCGAGUAAUUAAAGAUUUAUUAAAAGAUUAAUUUAAAAGAUGUAACAAUCUUUUAGUUAUUUGGAACGUGGAUACUUGAUUGAAAAGCCCUCUCUUAUUUUAAGUAAAUUAAUUACAUCUUACGUGAGUUGUCAAUUGUAAUUUUAAAAAACAAAAAUUGUGAUGGGGAGAGGAAUGAACGUAUCAGAUUGCCAGGUGUCUUUGUGGAAUUGCAAAAGAAUUCCAAGGCACUUUUUUCUGACACCUUUUGUUACCUUUAAAGUAACCAACAUUGAGUAAUCCCGUCAAAGAAAGUCCUGAAGAAUGAAACAAGUGUUGUGUGUAAGUAAUGAGCUGCAUUACUUUUGCCCCAGAGACAGAGAGUACUGUUGACUCAACUUUAAAUACAGUCAACGGUGUCUAAGGCUCAGUCCUCAGAGCAGGUGGGAAGUACUGGCUGCAGGAAAUGGAUUGGGGACGGUGUAGACGGCCUGUGGGUUGGUGUUUUGUUUUUUUUUUCAGUUGGCUAUUGUUCUGUAAUCACAUAACAGUACUGAUUCAUAGAUUUUAUCUUUUAUAAUUCUGGAGAAAAAUAUUUGUUAGUUUUGUAAUUUUUCCUAAGAACAAACGCGUGUUUGGUACAUUGCAUUAGAACAGUUUCACUCAAGUUUGACUUGUGGAAUCCAUCUUCUCCAGCGCUGUGUGUUGAGAGCUUCCUGUCUUAUUAAGUCGUGGGUCUAGAAGAAGAGGCCGUCCUUUUAGUUAGGUGGCAGGAUGUUUACAAGUGACACUGCUUCUUCCAAAACAUUGGUUCUUUUCAGACUUUUCAGUUUUAACCAAAGUUAAACCCCAAAUCAGAGUCAUCCAGAUUUUAUGAUUCAUUUUAUCUCUCAGCCUCUCAGGUGUUGCUGGAUUUCAGUGUCUUUGUGGUUUUACCAGCUUCGCGGAGUUCUGGUUAUUUUGUUUUGCCAUUUAUGCUUUUUUAAAGUAACUGAGUCAUUUUAUCACAGAACACUGCGUGCACACAUAGCUGGGAAAGCGGGUAUAUUGCCCUAAAUGGGUACCGUUAAGCUGUUGUAAAGAAGGGUUUCUUCAUAGUCGUGUUUACCUGCCUUUAACUGAACGUCAAGCCUCGUUGUCUCAGAGAGAAAAGCAUGAGUCACGUUUACUUGCUAAGACUUCGGUUUGCAGAUCUUGUUGACGUCAUUCUAAUUGAUUUGUAGAGACCUCUGCAACACGUGGACAUUUUUGGACAUGAUAUCUGAAAUAUUUUAUAUUAGGUGGCUUGACUAAAUUUUUUUCUGUAAUUGUAUAUGGAUUUCCUUUUUUUCCAACCACAUUUGCCUUUAUGCUAGAUUGUAAACAGUCUUUACGAGGUGUAAGACAUGUUUUCCCCAUAUAUGUUAAACCUUUCCUAACGUUUUGUAUUUACAUGUUGGUUUGUGACUUUUAAACCGGAAUUUGGUUACAAGAUAUAUAUAUAUAUAUAUAUAGAUAUUGAAUAUAAUAUAUGUGAAAUAAUUUGGUAUUGAUCUAUCUAAUAAACGUAAAGGAGAAUCAUCAGUGAGUUUCCCUGUGUGUCAGCACCUUUCUCCGGAGUCAGUCUGAGACACUGCUUUCUGUUUUCAGACAGAUGAAUUAUAUAUAUAGUCUGUGUUGUCUGCAAGCUCUAUAUUGUAAACCGCAUUCUAGACAAUGGCUGACUUUUAUGUUUUGAUUAGUCUGUAUUUUUAUAUGUGACUUUCGUCUUGAAAGUACAGCAAUAGACAUGUGCAAAACAAAUAACAAACUUAUAAAUAUUAAGUAUAUAAUCUAGAAAUCAGCUGUGUAUUUAAAAAUAUUUUUGCCCAUCUGGAACUUUCAGGGGAUUAAUGCAAGAAAUAUGAAACAAAGGCUUUAAUGAACUGAUAUGCAAAAGAUACCAAUAAAGGUAGUUACGACA